AAAGGUUGGAGGGUGACCUGGGGAGCUGACAACGUGCAUCUGCCUUUGGUGCUUGCUCCUGCAGGGAGUGCUCGAUGCCCCCUCCCUGUGCCACCCCCCAUGCUGCCCCUGUCCCGCUGGCUGAGAUCUGUGGGUGUCUUCUUGCUGCCAGCCCCCUGCUGGGUGCCCCGGGAGAGGUGGCUGGGUUCCCUACGGCGGCCCUCCCUGGUGCAUGGGUGCCCAGUCCUGGGGGCCUGGCACAGUGCCCGCUGCUGGUGCCAAGCGUGGACAGAGGAGCCUCGAGCAUUUUACUCCUCCCUCAGAAUGAAUGGAGACCAGAAAUCGGAUGUUUAUGCCCAAGAAAGGCAGGAUUUUAUCCAGCACUUCUCCCAGAUUGUCAGGGUGCUGACUGAGGAGGACAUUGGACACCCAGAGACAGGAGAUGCUAUUGCCCGACUCAAGGAGGUCCUGGAGUACAAUGCCAUCGGAGGCAAGUACCAUCGGGGUUUGACAGUGCUGGUAGCGUUCCGGGAGCUGGUGGAGCCCAGGAAGCAGGAUGCUGAUAGUCUCCGGCGGGCCCUGACCGUGGGCUGGUGUGUGGAACUGCUCCAAGCCUUCUUCGUGGUGUCAGAUGACAUCAUGGAUUCCUCCCUCACCCGACGGGGCCAGAUCUGCUGGUAUCAGAAGCCAGGCAUAGGUUUGGAUGCAAUCAAUGAUGCUUUCCUUCUGGAAGCAUGUGUCUACCGCCUGCUGAAGUUCUACUGCCGGGAGCAGCCCUAUUAUAUGAACCUGAUCGAGCUCUUCCUGCAGAGUUCUUAUCAGACUGAGAUCGGACAGACCCUGGACCUCAUCACGGCCCCCCAGGGCAAUGUAGAUCCUGGCAGAUUCACUGAAAAGAGGUACAAAUCUAUUGUCAAGUACAAGACGGCUUUCUACUCCUUUUACCUUCCUGUAGCUGCUGCUAUGUAUAUGGCGGGCAUUGAUGGGGAGAAGGAGCAUGCCAAUGCCAAGAAAAUCCUGCUGGAGAUGGGAGAGUUCUUUCAGAUUCAGGAUGAUUACCUUGAUCUCUUUGGGGAUCCCAGUGUGACGGGCAAGAUCGGCACUGACAUCCAGGACAACAAGUGCAGCUGGCUGGUGGUUCAGUGUCUGCAACGGGCCUCUCCGGAACAGCGCCAGAUCCUGCAGGAGAACUAUGGGCAGAAGGAGGCCGAGAAGGUGGCCCGGGUAAAGGCGCUAUACGAGGAGAUGAAUCUUCGGGCUGUGUUCACGCAGUACGAGGAGCACAGUUACAGCCGCAUUAUGGGUCUCAUUGAGCAGUAUGCUGCUCCCCUGCCCCCAGCCAUCUUCCUGGGGCUAGCAAACAAGAUCUACAAGCGGAAAAAGUGACUUAGAGACUGUGAAGGUGGAGAGGGGAGGCUCUCAAUAAAUUGUUGUCUAACCUGUG